AUGGCUUCCGUGCUCACUCGAAUUCUGCUCUACGCAUUGGGACUAGCAACCCUCGGCUCGUCCGCGACAUUGAAUGAUCUUUCCCAACGUGAUGUGCAGGAGACGACCGACUGCAAUAUGCAUUACACGGUCCAGCAGGGGGAUACGUGCUGGGACAUUUGCAAUAAUUACGGAUACUCUUUCACGAUCAAUCAGCUUCUUUGCUGGAACCCCGAGAUCAAUACGUCUUGUACCAAUCUGAUUGCGGGUCGAUCCAUCUGUGUGGGGGUAAAGGGCGCCGGACCCAAGUGCUAG